AUGUAUUACAGGAGCACCCCAUGCUUGCACUUGGGGAGUCGAUUUCUUUUGGGAGGUUUAUGUCGGAAUCCUUGUCGUGGGAAAAACAAAAAAUGGUUGACCUUUUAUAACAAGAAAUACGUUGAAGAGGCCGAGAGGUAUUCACUGCCCGGAUCAGUAGCCCAGAAGAAGGCUUUUUUCGAGCCUCAUUACAAGAGAAUUGCAGCUCAAAAGUUGGCAGCAUUGUUGGAACAAGAAAAUUCUGUUGUUGAACAAAAGAUCCCAGAUGCAAAAGUAGACAAUCAUAAAGAUGUUGAAAAGGUUGAAUCAGAUAAAGUACAAAGUGUCUAG